AUGGGCGACGAUACGGAUCAGGCGCCGCAAUCGCCUUUGUCCUCGGUUCCGCUUGUGCUAUCCGAGGCCACGGUCGAAGAGGAAAAGAUGCACGCCCGGGGCCCCAUUCUGGAGUAUUUCGGACACCAGUACCAGAUAACGGAAGGGUUCUCCGAGGCCGUCCAAUCGAAUGGUGAUAUCCUGUACGACGUCAUGCACGCGCAUCGGAGAAUACUGCAGCUCGACAAAGGGAUUUUUCCAGAGCAGAUGGACAUGUUUGCGGAGAUACUCCACACGCUGUAUGGGGUCGGCAAUCUCAUGACUGGCGGGGCGUUUGUAGCACGCGUCGAUAACAUGCUUGACAAAUUGGUGGUCUGGUUCCAUGUCCAUUACCACGACUUCCUUAUCGGCAAGCUCGAUGCGACAUCGUUCGAAGGCAUGCUUGCGGGAUAUACGAUGAAUAUCCGCCGCUUCUCCGACAUUGUUCCUCCCAUGGGGACCGAGUGUACCAAGAUGCCACUGCUGCAGAACAAAAUCAUGAUUUCAAUCCUGAACGCGCGCGGCACAGCCCUCCUCAACCCGGCAUUCUCAGACCAUUGGGAGGCGGCUGAUAUCGUGGCGCUUACCAUGCUGGCCCUGGAUCUCUACAACGGCCGUGUGCCAGGCGUGUUGCCCGACGAUGACAUCCACGGACUUUUGAUGCACCGCAUCUUCUACUUUUCGGACAGCACAGCCGCUGCCCAAUUCGACUAUAUUUCAGCUCUGGCGCACAGCGUCACCGUCUGGAGGAACGAAAGGGACAACAUCCACGGAGACGAUUUCAUGCAGUCCGCAGAGCGACAUCAACAAAAGUUUGGUGUACUUUUGCAGAAGGCGCGAAAUCACUGCAAUCUGGGCUUCCGAAGCCACGGCCCUGCGAGCGACAAACUGCUCAGCCGACGAAUCCAAGGGCGUCCCGGUGUUCAAUUCUCCGCUGAAGCGGAUUAUCUGGGCCGCCCCUUUGAUGCUGACGCCGUCUGCGAAAUCGUGCCUGAUUCGAAGCCAUUGGAGAGUCCUUGGCUGCAAAGAAAUAAGCACGGUUUUUGGAUUUGGAUGCCGAGAACAACGAACUGA